ACCAGUCCUAAAGGAGUCAAAUGUUUAGAAUUGUAGCUUUUCUAAUGUUGUUUUUAAUUAAUGGAAUCUGAGUAUUCUCCUUGUAAAUGUUCAUUGGAGUCAAUCUGAAGCAGAAUGAGUAGCGUCCGGUUUGACAUACUUUGGUCUCCAACAGAUGAGCACCACUUCAUAAGAUAUGGAACAACUAUUGAAUUAUAUCAAGUGAUUCAACAGGCAGAGAUAAAUUCAUUCCAAAGUGGAAAAGCCAUUAAGAUCUCGGAUGAAACAUAUGCUGUUAAUGUGGCUACAAACUCCGACAUCCAUUUUGUUAAGUCUGUAGCUUGGUGUCCCCACCUAGAACCAAAACAUCUGUUGGCCGUUGGUCAAACAAAUGGAAGAGUUGUACUCACAAGUUUCAAUAAUAUUGGUAGUCCUCGCAGUGAACUUAUUGGCAAAGAAUUUAUGCACAAUGUGAAACAUUCCAGGCAAUGCAGCUAUCUCUGCUGGAAUCCACUGGAAACCAGUUUGCUGGCUGAAGGUUUCAACGAGAAGUAUCGGAACGACCCGUGCGUGAUGGUGUGGGAUGUUACAAGCUCCAGUGAGAUCCUCACAUCCAGGACUAGCACCACCAGUGAAGGUGGAACAAUUACAAGACCGGCGUACGAAAUAGGUUCAGGUACCGGUGACACUAGUUCUUCCUUCAGCUGGUUCGGAGAUGGGAAGACUCUUGUUACGGGAAUGAACAACAGACAGCUUAGAGUUUACGAUCUCCGUGAUUUAACAAAUCCUCGUCUUUUAAGCCAUCAUAAGAGUGUGUACGGCGUUUGUGUUGACAGUCUGGGUGAUCGUAUGUUGGCAUCAUUUGGAGAGAAUCAAGUAGCAAUUUGGGAUCUUAGAAGUUUUGAGAAACCUAUCCUUACAUUGCCUGAAGCGAAGAAUGUCAUCAAAAUUAGUUGGUGUCCUACCAGACAGGGGAUGCUGUCCGUGCUGGUCAAAGACAGCAAUGUGAUAAAGAUGUACGAUAUACGACAUUCGGUUUUUGGUUCUGAUGUCACUGAGCCAGUACUCAUUGAAAGAAAUAUACAGUCAUUUCGUCAGUCUGUGGUGUCCUCAUUCUGCUGGCAUCCAUCACAGGAGAAUCGCCUGCUGUCUGUCGCCUUCUCCGGGGACCUCCAGGACAUCAAGAUGUAUGAGAGAAUCCCACUGGUAUGGUCGCCGUCGUUCCAUCUUCGUUCAGUGAGCAACAAGUUGUUGGUGGAAUUCUGUCAUGAUAAAAGUAACCAUGACAAUGACAUUUCUCUUGAGAUGUUUGGCAGAGUACAGCGUCAUUACGGAUUUUAUAAUGACGACCUCAGUCAAAACAUACAAGCUGUAGAAGACAAGCCUCACCUACAUGGUCUGUGGCGAUGGCUGGCUUCUGUGCAGUGUUUUUCUGGUAAUGGUUCUAGAGCCAUAGCAAUGGCGGGUGAUAUGAAGCCGGUUAGCAACUCGUGUGUUGGAAUCAAAGGUCUUCUCAAUCUAAAGAACUGUGACUCUGAGCCAUGCAGCGACCUCACGUAUGGAACAUGGCAGGGCCUGGAAGGAAUGUCUAGCUCUCCCAGUCUUCUAAAUCAGUAUGUCAGUAAGGAACGAUCUCGUGCCCUUCAGCUGUGUGGCUGGGUGACAGACGAAGAUCAGCUAGUUUCGCUAGAUCAGCUGUUGAAACAGUUACAGGCUGACCAUUUGUAUGAGAAGGCCGCAGCUCUGGCUCUGUUUAAUUUGAGGAUGAAGCAAGCUUUGGAAAUAUUGGGCAAUGGAGCAGAUACUCACAAAGGAAACAAGAAUCUGAAUGCUGUGGCGAUGGCGCUGGCUGGUUACACGGAUGAAAAGAACGCGCUGUGGCAGAAAACCUGCAACAAUCUGCGUCUACAGUUAACGCAUCCGUAUCUACGGGCCAUGUUCGCAUUCCUCGUAGGAGAGAGGGACAGCUACAAAGAUGUUCUGCACGAGAGAGGUAUGGCUGUUCAAGACCGGAUUGCGUUUGCUUGUAAAUAUCUCACGGACAAAAAGCUGUACGACUUUAUUGAAGAAAUCACGACGGAGCUAAAGCAAGCUGGUGACCUAGAUGGACUGCUAGUCACUGGAAUGACGAACGACGGACUGGAUUUGUUACAGCAGUACGUAGACAACACCUGUGAUAUCCAGACGGCAGCUUUAGCUAUGGUCUACUCCCUGCCGAACGAAAUAUCCAAGGAUAUUCGAUGUACCACAUGGAUCCAGAGUUACCGUGAACUUUUGGACAUGUGGGGUCUCUGGCAUGACAGAGCCAGAUUUGAUAUAAUUCAUCAAGCAAGAGAUAGCACUCUCCGUGUCCCAGCACAGGUUUUCGUCAGCUGCAACUUCUGUGCCAAUCACAUCACGAGUACAACAAAAACGAUCGCCAGAUCGAGAUCGUACAUGGGCAGAGGCAUUCACUACAAACCAAAAAUAACUUGCUGUCCAAAUUGUAGAAAGUCCUUACCACGGUGUGCAUUGUGUCUGACUAACCUCGGAACUGCUUCAGGAACUGGGAUUGGGCAGGAAAAAUCAAGCACAGACCCCGACAGUAAGCUGUCGAUAUUCCAGGACUGGUUCACGUGGUGUCAGACCUGCAGACAUGGCGGUCACUCCUCACACAUCACUCAGUGGUUCAGCCAGCAUUCAGAAUGCCCAGUGACAGGGUGUGCCUGUAAGUGUAUGUCACUGGAUGCCUUUGGAAGAGUAUGACAUAUUCAACAGCUGUACUCCAAACACAAACAAAAAACACCAUGUCCAGUAACCGAGAGCACAUUUAAGUGUGUCGUUGGAAGAGUUAUACUCAAUACAAAGAGUAUGAAGUAUUGAAUGGAGUCAUAUUCCAAAGCUAGAAAAUAACAGGGCGCACGAGGCAGUUGCCACUCAAAAUAUACAAUAUGCUUUUUUAUAAGCUGUUUGAAAAGCAGCUUUUGCUUUCUGUCUUGAAACAAUUAUUCAGAUUUUAGUGCCAAUUAUGUUGAAGUUAGGACAAACAUUAUUAAAUUAAAUACUGUAAAAAGGGGAAAAAAGAAAAUGAUAGAUUUCAUUUAUGUGAAAUGACAGUAGUUCACAUCAGAACAAGCCAUCUAUAAUUACCUCAGCAUUUACUUCCAGAUCAAAAUGUCAGAAGCCGAGAUUGCUUCCCCCAUUCCACAAAAUGAAUUUCAAGCCUCAUUUAAUAACAAAAAACAUUCUUGGUGCCAAUGGACUAGCUGUUCCUGUGAAUGUUAUGGAAUUCAUGAUACGACAUGUUCAGCAAAGUGAUUGUGCACAAAUUAAAAAAUACAAUUGUUGGUUUUGUUAUGGGCCACAAGGGAUGCUGCAAUUAAGAUUAAUUUGUGUGCAUGUACUUAAACAUAGUGAAUUGUAACAGAGAUAUAAUAUGCAUACAAGGCUAGCUGUUGGCAAGCAGAACACUUCGCCACAUCAGCUUAUAAACAUAUAAAAUUGCAGAAAGAGUUAUUUUCCAACAAAAUAUGAUUCAUCGCCUGAAAUUAUUUCAUCAAAUUUUUUAAAUUUGUGAAUUGCUAGUGGCCAAGCUAGCUUGGUAUAACUUUAUGUCCAGAUAUCAAAAGCUGAUAACCAGAAAUGCGAAUGUCAGAAUGCAUGGUUUAUAAAAACAAAAACAAGUUGCAACAUCUCAAUGUCAGAAAUAUCCAAUUAAUAUAUAGCUUUACAUCACAUUUUUUUUUUUACAUUCCCCUUCCUAUCAAAAAGAAGAAGUGAAAUCGUGAAAAACUAGUUUUUUAUUCGACAGAACCAGUUCUGAUUAUCAGCUCCCGAUAUAAAAGUUUUUAUUAUUAUAACGUCCGUUACUUGUAUUAAUGUGUGUGUUGCAAAUCAUUGAAACAAAAAUAAAUUAUAUUUGUUACCUA